GUCGCCUACGUCAUGGCCGUCACGGAGCUGAGCUUCCAGGAGGUGCUGGACGCCGUCCGAGCCGCCCGGCCCGUCGCCAACCCCAACCCCGGCUUCAGGCAGCAGCUGACCGAGUUUGAUGGCGCCGCAGCCCGAAAGGUCCGCAGGCACCUGAGGCAGAGGUAUGGGACAUCCCCUUUCAACGAUGAGGAAGAAAUAAAGGCCUUGCUGCCGGCGGGGAGAGGAGCACCAUCCAGGAGAGAGGGAGCUCUGCAAGGACUGGUCCCAAGAGCCAGAGACCUCAGGAGCUCAACUCCCUUCCUGCUGCGGGUGAAGAGGACGUUCUCCUGCAUCCCAGCUUGUCUGAAGUGA